CGGGGGCCCGGGGCGCGCGGGCGGGCGCCGGGGGCCGCAGGGGCCAUGACGGCGGUGCUCCGGGAGGGCGUGCUGGAGAAGCGCAGCGGCGGGCUGCUGCAGCAGUGGAAACGCAAGCGCUGCGUGCUCACCGAGCGCGGGCUGCAGCUCUUCGAGGCCAAGGGCGCGGGCGGCCGGCCCAAGGAGCUCAGCUUCGCCCGCAUCAAGGCCGUGGAGUGCGUGGAGAGCACCGGGCGCCACAUCUACUUCACGCUGGUGACCGAGGGCGGCGGCGAGAUCGACUUCCGCUGCCCGCUCGAGGACCCCGGCUGGAACGCUCAGAUCACCCUGGGUCUGGUCAAGUUCAAGAACCAGCAGGCCAUCCAGACGGUGCGGGCCCGGCAGAGCCUCGGGGCCGGGACCCUCGUGUCCUGAACCGCGGGCGUGCGUCUUAGCUUCACGCUGCCCGUGGACGCGGUGCUCGGAGGCCGAGUCGGACGCCACUCCCGCCCUGUGGGAACCAGGAGCCGGUUGAGGAAGGUCUAAUUGUCGUCUCUCCGGUGGAAACGUAUAUCCCUCUAGCCCCACUGCCACCUCCGACCUCCUGACCUCCAUGCCCUGCAGCUCCUGGCCUCACCAGCUGCCGGGUGCCUCUUGGCUCAUGGAGCAAGACUGCUGCAUUUGGCGAGGCACAAGCCGUAGAGGCGUUGGAGCUGGAGCAGUGGCCAGGCCGCGGAGGAGCCACUCCGGCUGAGGAUGAAGAUUCAGCCCCUGGGCACUCAGACUCUCAGGACGCACAGGCUCUGGGCCUUCUGACUGCAGGCCUGGCCUCCGAUACUGUGAUGGAGAGCUGGCCUCAGAGCCCCUCCCACCGUGGCCCGGCUGUCUGCUUCACAGACUGCUGUUCCGCCCCUGCACACACCCAGAGGUGCCAGGCCUGGGGGAAGGCCGGCCCCCGGGGGCGGGGCACUGAGUCAGCGCCUCAGGACUCAGGAGGCCAGCUUGGCGCCCAGAGGAGGCACCACCCAGGCUCGCCUCUGGAUUGUCUUUGCGGGGUCGCUGAUGGGGUCACACUUGGGGAUCGUCUGCUGCUUGGGUCCUUCUGGGACCCCCACCCAUCCAGGCCUCUCUUUUGCACACUUCCUCCCCCCCGCCCCUCUCCUGCCCAUCUCCCCACCCACCCCUCUGCGGUACUAGGUCUGGAGGGGGUGGGGUUCGGGUGGGGGUCCAGCCAUUACCAUUUCACACCUGUCCCAAAAUGCAGGUGCCCUGCAAAGGGCAGGGACCACACUGUU